AUGGGGGUGUGCCUCAUCGUAGUUGGAGCCUUCUUCUUCAUGUUGGAACAGAAUGAGAAUAUGGUGAGGGAUGUUCGUUGGCUGCCCAUCUUGGUUAUUAGCAUCUACCUUGUUGUGUUCUCGAUGGGCUGUGGGCCGCUGACGGCGCUGGGCCCGUGGACGUUCGGCUCUGCGCUGGGCUGGUCGUCGCCGGCGUCGGAGCACCUGAGCGGCGAACUGGGCCUGGCUGUGGAGGAGGUGUCGUGGGUGGCGGGGGUGACGCCGCUGGCGGCCGUGCCGGCCAUGCUGGUGACGGCGCUCACGGUGGGCCGCUGGGGGCGGCGGCCCGUCAUGCUGGCGCUGGGCCCACCCUGCGCCGUCGGCUGGGCGCUCGUCGCCUUCGGCCGCGCGCUGCCCAUGCUGCUCGCCGGCCGCGUCCUCACCGGCUUCUGCGGCGGCGCCUUCUGCGGGGCCGUGCCCAUCUACACGGGCGAGAUCGCCGAGAAGCAGAUUAGAGGCGCGCUCGGGGUCUUCUUCCAGCUCCUCCUCACCUGUGGUAUACUGUACGUGUACGUGGUGGGGAAGGCGGUGUCGCUGCAGACGCUGGGCCUGGCGUGCGGCGCGGUGCCCGUCGCCUUCACGGUGCUGUUCUUCUUCGCGCCCGAGACGCCGCUCUACCUGCUGGCGCUGCGCUGGCUGCGGGGGCCGGCCGCAGACAUCUCGGGGGACCUCGCCGAGAUGGACGAGGUGAUAACGUCGGCGAAGCAGCGGAAGGGCGGCGUGUUGUCCCUGGUGAGGUCCCGCGCUGCGGUGAAGGGCCUGGCCACAGGGGUGGGGCUCAUGAUCUGCGAGCAGCUGUCCGGCGUCAACGUCCUCAUCUUCUUCUCCGUCAGCAUCUUCGCCAGCGCCGGCAUCGCCCUCGACGCCAACACUUGCUCCGUCAUACUCGGCUGCGUUCAGGUGCUGUCGACGCUGGCGUCGGCACUGGUGGUGGACCGCGCGGGGCGCCGUCCGCUGCUGCUGGUGUCCCACGUGGGCAUGGCGGCCAGUAUGGCGGGCGUGGGCGCCUUCUUCCACGUGCGCGACAUGGGCUCGGCGGCGGGGCUGGGCUGGCUGCCCGUCACCUCCACGUGCGCCUUCCUCUUCUUCUUCUCCAUCGGCUCCGGGCCGCUGCCCUGGGCCAUCCUCGGCGAGGUCUUCCCCGACGAGGUGAAGCCCGCCGCCACGGCCAUCGUGGGCGCCACCAACCUCAUCCUCGUCUUCGUCGUAGCCAAGUCGUACGCCAACCUCGUGGAGGCAUUCGGCGUCGCCGUCACCUUCUGGAUAUACGGCGUCAUCUGCUUCGCCGGCGCCGUCUGGAUCUUCUUCUUCGUCAUCGAGACCAAGGGGAAGACUCUGGAGCAGAUCCAGCGCGAGCUGUCCGGCCACCACGAUCAGGACGCGCAGAGCGACUCGACCGCCGACGAAUUCCGCCUGAAGUAA